AUGACUACUCCCAGAUUCCUCUCCCCGCAGACAUACGAGUCGUUGAACGAUCGCAUCAAGGCUUAUACGGACGAACCAGUGUUCUAUGAGAACUACGAUGUCGUCGGAGCCGUUGGCCAUGCCAGAGCAGCCGAUCUUGAGAUCGGCUCCGCUAUUGCAAAGAUCACCAAAUCUAACCCCAAAGCCGAGCUCGUUGAGCUUGAGUUUUACGCAGACCGUCUCUCGUGUCUGACGGUAAUUCAGCCGCCGAAAACAUGUGCGCUUAUGACCUUUGUCACGCGCAUAGCGCUGGCUGGCAGCCGCGUCAAGAUUCAGAUCACGGAUGAUAUGCUGAUUAUGCUACAUUGCGGUACUGUGGCUGCUCCGAUCACUUUCGAGUUCUUGAUUGCGCAGAAGCCCUCGGUAGUCGUCUCGGUAGACCCGGCUACGAUGCCGACCUCGCACCGGUGUUGGGCAAUACAGGCGAGUGCUGAUGGAACUGCAUCAGUACAGUCUAUCCCAGACUCACUUGCUGUACAUUUCAACGCCCCGUCAUUGGUCGACCUCAUCAAAGAUGAUGGCCAACUUGCGAGUAUUGGCCAUGACGUUUACAACGACAACCUGAGACGCCUUCUAGAUUACCAGCUUUUGCUGGCUUCUGUCCUGCAGGAACGGGACCCAACUGCUGCGUAUGAACUUGCGCGUUUCGUGCUGCAGAUCUGCGAUGGUAUAGCCAAAGGCCUCGAAUAUUACGCUCGCGCCAGUGCGUUGGUGGCUUACAAAGUGGUCGGCGAAGGGAGGUUGAUCGCCCCGUCUGUUCCGAAGCUGGAUCUUUCCAUUGCCCAGCAGGUGCUUGAUUCAAGACUGCUGGCCGCGGCCACAUUCGACGAUGCAUUUCGGGAUCUUCGGAGCCUGGACGCUAACUCUGAAAAUGUGAAGCUCUUCGCGACGGUUGCUUUAGAGGCGUCAGUCGACUCAGAGCAGGCGUAUGCUUUCAUCGCCGACCUUGCCGGUCAAAGGUUCAAUGCCGCGCAGGAGGCACUGAAGAAAGCUCAAUCACACUUCCAAUCGUUGCAGUUAAGUUUCAAAGACCGCCAGACGGCGUUCAAGGAUGGCAUAGAGAGUUGGAAAACAAAGAACAUCCUGAAGGCCGUCGGCGAAGGCCUUUUUGCCGUCGCGGCCAUCGCGGGCUCCAUUGCCGUAGCAUGCGUGGCGCCACCGGCCGGUGCAGCAGGCAUCGCUGCUGGAGCUGCGGGGGUCGGCAAGGCAGUAGAAGGAGUUGCAGCGGCAGCAAAGCAGAUCGGCACUAUGGCCAAGAUCAUCGAGGUCAUCAAAAACAUAUAUAGCAAGCUGAAGCCGGGCUUGGAGAAGGUAGACAAGCUGGUGGCAGCGCUGACAACUAUCAUCAAGCUCUCCUCAAGCAUGUCGGCUAUUGACGAGGCAGCAGAGAAGACGAUAAAGAGCAUGUCUAUGCCAGCGUCGAAGGGAGAUGAUUCGAUUAACCUAACGGCGGAUUGGGACGCCUUCCAGGCAGAGAUGAACAAGCUAUAUGACUCGAUCAAAGAAGAAGAUAUCAACGGAGCAGCCGAGUUUUUCCUGGCCAUCACACAGAUGGUAAUCCGUGGCAAAGCGCUAUUAGCUGCCCAAGUCGCCGUCGCCUCGACUGGCGAGGCUUAUCUCACUGUCCUGACACAGGGCAUUACACAACAGCGGCACACCGAUCGCCUACGCAAAGCUAUACCCAAGAUCUCAGGCAACACGUCCGCGCUACGCUUAGUAAGGCUGACCAUGGCUGAGCGGCUCCUCACGCUUCGAAUAUGGAUCACGCUCGACUUCCAGCAGUACCUUUCUGCGUACACUUGGCAUGCCCUCGACUCCAAGCGCCCCAUCACAGUGGACCCUAUGAAAGACCUAGGGAGCUUCCGUGCCGAUGCGGCAGUCUUGCAAGCUGCUGCUGCACAGGUCGGCGGGAGGGUCCGCGCCCAGACUCGCAGAUUCCGCUUCACGUCCACUGGGGCUUUGACUGCUCAGGCAAACCCCAUGGUCCUCUCUUCUGACUUCGUUGAGUCCUUGAGGCAGGACCGAAGUGUCUCUUUCUCCCUCGACAUAAUGAACCCUGUCUUUUCGAAAUACAGCAGAGUCCGUACUACCGGAUUCCGCAUCUUUCUUGAUGGCGCGCAGACAGAUAAGGAUACGCCGAUCAGUCUACGUGUGGUUCUUGGGCGGGAGAUGAAGGACCUGGCGCCCGAUAGAGUCAGCGAAAGUGAUGCCGUGGAUUUGUCUGUACAAAACGCACCUCGAAUUCUCAACUUCGUCACGACCGAGUCUGUCUUCGGAUUUGAGUAUAUUGGGUCAACGAAGGAGAUUCUGAUGGACGGAGCGCUGAGCGGCGAGCAUAGGACGUCGCCCCUGAGUCCUUUCAGGGCGUGGAAUAUCCAUGUUGAGUCAGAUGCAGAUCUCUCGGCGGUAGAACGCAUCACACUCGAGUUGACGUGUGAAGUUUCCUACUUGUCAUAG